AAAAUGUCAAGAACCCCUUGUCAGAACUAUUGUUAUUCUAUGAUUUCAGGGUCUCAGCAUAUCUGGAAGUGAGAUUAAUCAAGGUGGGGUCAAAUUUUUGUGGCAACAGUGGAAAAAGGGAAACCAACACCCCCAUGAGUACGAAUCUCAAAUCCCCAACAUCUGUUCUUUGGUUUCAGAGAAAAGACAGCCCUAUCAUGGCUAGAAAUGAAAGUUGUUUUCUAGUCAGGCAUACUCCUCAUCCCAGAAGAGUCUGCCACAUAAAAGGUUUGAAUAACAUCCCUAUAUGUACUGUGAAUGAUGACGAGAACACAUUCAGAACAAUCUGGAGUGCUGGCCACUUAGAGAAAGACCAGGCACCAUUUGCUGGAUGCAGUUACUCACCCAGCACCGCAGCCCUGGAGAGCCCUGUCAGAGGAGUCUCACCUGCCUCACAAACAGUGAAGAUGCCCCCACGGCCUCAUUCUGGGCCCUAUAAAAAUAUCAAGGAGUGCUUCAAAACUUCCAGUGAGAAUCCUUUAGCAAUUAAAAAGGAAGAAAUGAAGACAAGAAUUUCACCAUCACCACCAAAGGCAUGCUCGAGUGCUGGCUCCUGUCUCUCUGAAGAAAUGAGCACCAGAACUGACAUCAAAACCGUCUGCAUACCAAACUACCUGGAUCAGGAAAUAAAAAUCCUGGCAAAGCUCUGUGAGAUUUUACGUACUGAUUCUCUGGCGGAGGUUCUACAGUGGUUGCUUCAUGCAAGUUCAAAAGAAAAAGAGUGGGUCUCGGCUUUGGUUCAUGCCGAGCUGGCUGAGAUCAGCUUGUUGAAUCACCGCCGAAGAAACACUUCAACAGAACCCGCAGCAGAAACCGGGAGGCCACUUGCAGUUAAACCACCCCCAGAUUCACCUGCAAAAUCAAAAGUGCUGACCAGCUCUGGAGAAAGGCGUCCACCGACCAGAGUGUCAAGCCAAGGAUCUGAAGGAAAUAAGGAAGUACCUACAGAGGCUGAGCACAAGACUCCAUUGUUUAUAAAAAGAAAUAAGAUGAAAAUACCCAUGGCAGAAUAUUUCAGCAAACCAAAGUCUCCUCCCAGGCCUAAAACUCAGGAGAGCAUACCAGCAAAACCAAUGUCAGCGAGGAGUACACAACAAGGAAACAAUCUCAGUCUUCAAAGAGUGUAUUAUCCUUUAACAUCCCAAAGAUAGAAAUUCUAGACUGGGCUAAUUCUUUCAUAAAUUUUACCUUUACUUUGUUAUAACAUCAAAUUAUUAAAAGAAAA